CUAUCAGUCACAGAGUUAAUGUUUCAGCAGAGCCAUAAACCAGCAAGAUCAUGCAACCUCUGACCAAUUUCCAAGACAAGAGUUGGUUAUAAAAAGCAGGUUUGCCUUCUCAGAGAACUGUCUCCUUUUCUACUGAGCACAAAGAGAGUAUCAUCACUAUGAGUUUCUCUGGAAAGUAUGAACUCCAGUCCCAAGAAAACUUUGAGCCAUUCAUGAAGGCAAUUGGUCUUUCUGAUGAGUUGAUUGAAAAACGCAAGGAUCUGAAAACCAUCUCUGAAAUUGUGCAAAAUGGCAAGAAGUUUAAGAUCACUGUGACAACUGGUAGCAGAGUGUCAGUCACUGAGUUUACAGCUGGAGAAGAGGCUGAGCUGGAUGUUCCAACAGGAGAUAAGAUCAAGGCUGUUGUUCAACUGGAAGGAGGCAAUAAGUUGGUGACAAAGGUGAACGACAUCACUUCUGUGGUUGAAAUAAAUGGAGACAUCCUCACUAAUACCCUGACUAAGGGUAGUAUCACAUACAAGAGGAUCAGCAAGAGAAUCUAGAUCACCUUGGCAUUUCUACACUUAUACUGAGUAAACAUGAUACAAUAAAGAUCAAUUUAUCAAAAUAAAAA